AUGGAAGAAGGCACCAAGGGUAAGAAGACCAUUUUCAUUGGGGGAAUUGGGGAUGAUGUCGACGAGACGGUGAUCUACGAGCAUUUUGCUGCUUUUGGUGACAUCAUUGAAGUACAGCUACCUCCAGCACCAGCCAAUCCAUCAAAGCCGACAGAAAUCAAACAUCGUGGUUUCGCAUUCGUGACAUACUCUUCUCCUACAGAUGCUCAGGAUGCAAUCGACAACAUGGAUCUAAAUGAAUUAAGGGGCAGGGUGCUGAAAGUCAACCAAGCCAAGCCUAUGAAAACCCUGCAGCCUCCAGAUGGGAAUAGAGCUAUCUGGGAGUCGGAAGAAUGGCUGCAGGAGCACGCGAAACCAUUAGCACAAAGUGGAGGUGUGCAAGGUCGUACAGCCCAACGAGCUACUUCUGGAGAAGCCGAAGAACAAGCCGACGAUGGAGAGUUGGAUGCAAUGGAAGAAUAA